AUGGACCCGACGCGCACAGUUUCCGAAUUGAAAGCGUCCUUUAUCCGGACCCAGGUGCGAAUCCUGUCAGAGAGUCUCGAGCCGGCGGAGAAUUGGCGGGCUUAUGCGGUGGAAACGGAGGCGGACGAUCUGAGUGAUAAGGUGGUUGAGGAUGUUAUGCAGAAAGUAAAUGCGAUAUUGAAGCAGCAUAAUCGCAUCGUUUACUCCUCGCAGGCUAUCCAUCAUGUCGCGCAGCAGGUCGCAAGUCUCUAUUGGUCUGCUAUUAGCCAGGAGGCGCGCAGCUUGGGAUUGAAUGAGAAGGGAGUCGAGAAGACAGUUGACCUGUCAAAUCAACUGAACAUCGCGAAAUUACCGACGCGCCUAGAACACCCAUCUGCCAGCGAAGAAGAGCGCAUGAGGUAUCGACAGCUACGAGAACGUCUUGCGGAACUUAAUGAGCAACGACAGCAGCGACAACGUCGACUGGGUCAGCUACGACGAUUACAACGCCUCUUGGAACCUUUCCUAGAGCCACAACAGAAUAUCCAGCCGAACCUGAUUACUCGAGAUGGAGAAUUGGUACAAGAACUGGAGAAGAUGAGGAUGUUGGUUGCCCGGGUUGGGGGUCGGAUUGGACAGAAAAAGCGAACAAGCGAUUAUGCUUCGCAGACUGAGAAUGUCUCGUACCCAACCGGGUCUGACCAAAAGUUGGAGGCGCUGCUUGACCUGGAUUCGUGA